AUGCAAUCCGAGUCCCCACAGGAGCCCGGGCGGAUGGAUGGGACCGAGCAGAGGCGACUGCUGACGUCUCUCCUGCUCAGCACAUCUGCCAGACGGGCUCGCAGCUCAUCUAUCGCCUGCCUCUGCCUGCGCAGGCCGGGAGAGCGCAGAGAAGGAGCUUUGGCACACGCGGCAAAGACACCUGAACACCGCGCUCUGGCGUCGCAGGAACGGCAGGCUACACUCCCGCUUCACCGGGUCGCCACGCAGAGCUCCCGCACCGCACCGACUUCACGUGUGGGGUCGUGCUCUCGAAAGGCGCAAAACACCGUCCCAGCGGAAAUACGGAGGGGUGGGCGCCUUUCAUCUGCCGAAAAACGACCCCCCCCAAAAAAAAGAACGGUGCAGCGAGCGAGCUCUGAUCCUCCUCCUGGCUUCAAAAUGGCGCCAAUUUGUCUCCGGCUGCACCAAUCGAGCCACCGAGAACAGACAGUCGCGGAGGCACAGCGCCACCUAGGGGAAGAUGUCCAACAGAGCGCAGCCCCAAGUUCUUUCACAGACCCACAGCGCCGCCUGCAAGACUCUCUCCUUUUGCAGGUUUAUUAUGCCACUGACUGCAAUAAACAGGUUUUCAGAAAGGCUUACUUGAGAGUCUGUCUUCACCAUUUUCUAAUGACCAUGUUUCUAGUUCAGCACUUCUAA